AUGGAUACGGUAAAUCCCUCAGACGCUGAGAAUGCGCCAAACAAACGUCUUCGACUUGACCAAAUGGACAGCAUAAUCCAAUUGAUUGAUAAGAAGGAAACUAGCUUUAAUGAUAUCUGGUUUGCGAUAUUCGCCGAGCUGCUGCAGUUGAGUAAUUCCAUUAUAGAUACGUCCAACUAUCAGCAGACAUUGCAAACUACGCUGGAUGUACUGCUGAUCUAUGGCAAUGGCAAGAACUUGAGAAAUGUGCGUUUGUGCCUCAUGAGUAUACUUGACAAGGAACAGGAGCUGCUGCAAAAGCAAGCUAUACCAAUUGAUUUUUUAUAUGGCCACUGGUCACAAAUUGCCACACAUUUGAUAUCAGAUACACGUCCAAAUGCUGAUGUUGUGCUGGAAAAACAAAUCAUAUUGCAAUCGCUGAUCAGACACAACAAAUUAACACCUAACAAUUGUGCCACAUUAUUGCAGAGCAUUCAAACCAAUGAAAUGUUGAGGCGUAAUGAAUGUAUUACAACAAUACGUGAUAUAUUCAUAUACGCCGAACGUUGUGGCUUGAAUAAAGCCUCGGCUGAACUGGAGCCCAUUAUAAACUGGGCUUAUGGCAGUGAGAGGAGCAGUGCCACUCAAAUUAUAUAUAAUAUCGCUGCCAUUGAUGUCAAACUGAUGGCAGAUACUUUUGCCAUUGGCAUUAUUAAUUUCCUUGAUGAACAGCAAUUGCAGCAGCUGUUUAACAACUCGUCAGAAUGUCAAAAGACCUGUCAGUCUAAUCUUCAACUGCUCAACUACAAGUACAACAAACAAUUGGUCUGUUUGGCUGCGGAAUUUCAAGGGAAACUGCUGCGAAUUAAUCGUAUCAAUGCUGAAACGGAGCUGGAGACCAAAAACUGUUUAUUUCAAAAUAACUAUGAGCUUCUAAUGCGUCUGCUGAAUCUGCCGACCAGCAAUGAGCAUACGACAACAGCCAUAAUCCGUAAUCUCAAGUGUCUAUACAAGUUUAUCUGCACUAUGGAGCGAUUACUGUACUACAAAGUCUUCAAUGCCGAGAAUCUGGUGCAGUGUCCACUUAUAAAGCGCAUUGGUUUAUUUCUCAGUCACAUUGAAUUUCAGUAUAAAGCAAAUCAGCCGGAGAGCAUGAAUGAUAAUGAUUUACGUGAUAUUCUGGAGCAACAGAUUGCCGUGAUCGAUGUGUUCAAUUCAAAUGAGAUACUGCUACAAUAUUUGGAAAAACAGCCCAUCGAAAUGCUGCUGGAAUUUAUUGGCGCGCUGCUAAAGCACAAUUGUAGCGCUCGAACUGAUCCUAUAGAAAGUGCAGAUCGUGCUGUUAUGAUUAAAUACUCGCUGCAUAUACUCGGCAGACUGUGUGCCAAUAGUUCCUAUAGCACCGAUGCCUUUCGUCAUAUAUCCUCGAAUGUGAAGCAAGCUCGUCAUCAAUCCGCUGAAGUUCUAAUGGUCACAAAGAUGCUGUGCAGCUGCAAAAGCUUAACAUCUGAGUCUAUAGAAUGGCUGGUGGAUAAACUGAAGAGUCUUUUUCAGCAUUUUUAUACCAAUGUGGAUGUCAUUAGUGAAUUGGUUGAGCAUCUUCCUACUAUUUUUUAUUUUGUUUACCAUAUGGAAGAUCUGCUGGAUGAUAUGAUGAUGGCCAUGAUCUCGCUGCUAAAACUAGCCCUAAAAAAGUCGUAUCCAACGCAACUGGCGAUCAAGAUUGUCAACUGUGUGGCUGACAUAGCGCAACGUUGUCCCAAUAUUUUUGAAUUGGAAAACUUUGCCAUCAUUUGCAUGUCGGUUGCCAAAUUUCUGAGCAUGCCAACAUUGGAGGUGCGUUUGGCAACAAUCUCUACACUCAGUUUGCUGCUAAAUACGAGUUAUUGUAUGCCGGAUCAGGAGGAGAAUGCAGUUAACAAGUCGGAGCGACAUUUGGAGUUUUGCAGGCAGCUUUACGACAGCAUCGAAUGGAAUAAGUUCCUGGCAAUUCAUUGUUGGAGAUCUGGAACAGAAUAG